AUGAAUGUUAUGAGAUUAUCUUGGACUUCAUUUGAUAUGAGAGUUCCACAGGAGGGGCCGGGGCGGCGGCGCUCGGCGGUAGAGGUCGAGGCGGGUGAUAUGCAAGCGGCGCCGGCGCGCUACGUGUCCGCGAGCGAGUUGUACUCGACAGACGAAGUGGAGCUGCUGCUGGAGGAGAUCAGAGAGCUGGAGCCGACCAGCUGCCGCGGCGAGGACGUGCAGGACUUCGAGAUCGCCGGCAGUGGGUGCGCGGGCGCGGGCGGCCGCUCGCCCGCCGGCACGGAGCUCACGGAGCACUCGUGGGACUCCCACGCGCAUUACUCGCGCGCCCCGCCGCCGCGUCCGCGCGCCCUCGCCCCAGUCUACUGCCACCUCUCAUACUUGAUCACUCCUACUGGAGCCCUAACUCUUGUACUUGUUCUGUGUUCGUUGAGCGUGUGCAUCUGUAUAUGGGGAGCCUUGGGGUUGCGAGCCGCAUCUGCUGCAAAGCCCCUGCUGUUUGGAGCAAUGACCUCGUUCAUGCUGCACACGCUGCUCAUGCUCAUGCAUGUUUCACUACUGGAUGCUCUACUGCCAGUUGAUUGGAACAGAUUGGGCGGCAUCUCGUUCGCGUGGAGCGCGGCGUGGCUGGCGGGCGGCGCGGCGGCGCUGCUGCUGGCGCUGCCGCCCGCGCAUCACGCCGCGCGCGUCAUGCUCUACACCGCCACGGGGCUGGGGCUGGCGGGCGCGAGUGCGGCGGCGGCGGGCGCGGCGCUGUCGCUGCGCGGCGGCUGCGCGCGGCGCGGUACGCGCGCCCCUGCCGCCUACCGCGCCGUGCCGCAGCCGCGCGACCACGCCUUA